AUGGUUAGUGUGUCUGAAAUCCGCGAGGCUCAGAGGGCAGAAGGUCCUGCAACUAUCUUGGCCAUUGGCACUGCUAACCCCCCUAACUGUGUUGAACAAAGCACAUAUCCUGACUUUUACUUUAAAAUCACAAACAGUGAACACAAGACUGUACUCAAGGAGAAAUUCCAACGCAUGUGUGAUAAAUCUAUGAUUAAGAGGAGAUACAUGUAUCUAACCGAAGAGAUUCUGAAAGAGAAUCCUAGUAUUUGUGAAUAUAUGGCACCUUCCUUGGAUGUUAGGCAAGACAUGGUCGUGGUAGAGGUCCCUAGACUAGGGAAGGAGGCUGCAGUGAAGGCUAUCAAAGAAUGGGGUCAACCAAAAUCCAAGAUUACUCACUUGAUCUUUUGCACCACAAGUGGUGUAGACAUGCCUGGAGCCGAUUACCAACUCACCAAACUCUUAGGUCUACGUCCAUAUGUGAAAAGAUUCAUGAUGUACCAACAAGGUUGCUUUGCAGGUGGCACGGUCCUUCGUUUGGCUAAGGACUUGGCUGAGAACAACAAAGGUGCUCGUGUGUUGGUUGUUUGUUCUGAAGUCACUGCAGUUACAUUUCGUGGCCCUAGUGAUACUCAUUUGGACAGUCUUGUUGGACAAGCACUCUUUGGAGAUGGAGCUGCUGCACUUAUUGUUGGUUCUGACCCAAUACCAGAAAUUGAGAAACCUAUCUUUGAGAUGGUUUGGACUGCACAAACAAUUGCUCCAGAUAGUGAAGGAGCCAUUGAUGGUCACCUUCGCGAAGCAGGGCUAACAUUCCACCUUCUUAAAGAUGUUCCUGGGAUUGUUUCAAAGAACAUCGAUAAAGCAUUGGUUGAGGCUUUCAAACCAUUGGGAAUUUCUGAUUACAACUCUAUCUUUUGGAUUGCACACCCAGGUGGACCGGCAAUUCUAGAUCAAGUCGAACAAAAGUUAGCCUUGAAGCCCGAAAAGAUGAGGGCCACUAGGGAAGUCCUAAGUGAGUAUGGAAAUAUGUCAAGUGCUUGUGUAUUGUUUAUCUUGGAUAAAAUGAGAAAGAAGUCAACUGAAGAUGGUUUGAAGACAACAGGUGAAGGACUAGAAUGGGGUGUGUUGUUCGGCUUUGGACCAGGACUUACGAUUGAGACCGUUGUUCUGCACAGUGUCGCUAUAUGA